GACGGUUGAUUAGUUCGUCGUAAUAAGUUUUGCUAUUCUGAAUACUGUCAUGAAUUUUUCAUGGUGACGAAACAUUUUGCAAUUAACACAUAUUGACGAUGGGCUGUUCCAUAGCCCGUCCAAAAUCGCGACAAAUAAUGACAUCGGUGAGCCCUGUGGUGAUAGCAGCAACAGCCAGACAUACAGCCACACUUAUAUUUCUUCAUGGAUUGGGAGAUACAGGACAUGGAUGGGCUAGUUCAAUGAAUGCAGUACGAUUACCUCAUAUUAAAGUUAUUUGUCCUACAGCACCAACAAUGCCAGUGUCUAUAAAUGCAGGAUUUAGAAUGCCUUCUUGGUUUGACUUACGAACAUUGAAUCCAAGUGGAGUUGAAGAUGAGGAGGGUAUACGCAAAGCUGCACAAAUGGUGCACACUUUAAUUGCAGAAGAAGUAGCAGCAGGAAUACCUACAAAACGCAUUGUCCUUGGUGGUUUUAGUCAGGGUGGUGCCCUUGCUAUAUAUAGUGCUCUUACAUUCCCAGAACCUUUAGCUGGUGUUAUAGCUUUAUCGUGUUGGCUUCCUUUGUACCAAAAAUUUCCUGCUGAAGCAAUAGGAAAUAGAAAUACUCCGUUGCUACAAUGUCAUGGCGACUAUGAUCCAGUUGUACCAUACAAGUGGGGCCAAAUGACUGCAUCCCAUCUCAAGCAAUUCAUGACACAAGUAGAAUUUAAAACAUAUCCAGAAAUGAUGCAUGCAUCUUGCGAUGAGGAAAUGCACGACAUGAAGAAAUUCAUCGAAAAAGUUUUGAAGCCGUAAUAAUUCUAUAAAAUAUAUUAAUAUUUUAAGCGUUAACCUUAUUACCUUAUUGUUCUUUAUUAAAUUAAUUACUUCCAACUUUACUGCUACUUAAGUCUAGUGCUUGGCGAAGAAGUAAAGACAGCAGUAGAUGAAAAUGUUUAAAUCCUAAAGGAAAAGACACACUACCGGUAAUGAAUUAUUAUUUGCGGUAAAUAUUUAUUUUGAUUCUAUUGUCGUUUACGUUUAUUUAAUCGAAUUUUUGUUGUUUUAAAAUACCAAAGUUGUUAUUAUAUUUCCAACUUCUGAUUUUACAAUGCACGUUAAUAAUCGUAUCUCUCGCUUCAAUUCUAAAUGUUUUACUAUACCUGAAAAGAUAACAUUUGAAGGCAACAAUUUAUCUUAUGCGUAUCUUUUAUAAAAUUUCGAUUACAUUCGAAUUGUUUGUGCAAACAAAAUUUGACUAAUUUCAUAUUUUGGUGAACAUAGAAAAAAGAUUAUUAUUUGAAUUCAUUUCUAAAUAAAAUUUUCAUUUCCAAAUAGAUAUAAUAAUUUUUCUUAAUUUACUUUUGUUUUGUGAAAAAUGUUUACAUAUAAUUGAAAGUCUUAAUUUAUACAUCAGGAUAAUUAUAAGCAUUUAGACAUUCUUUAUGAUAUUUCCAUUUUAAAUAAGUUCUAUACAAUGUACAAACAUUACUAUUUAUGAAAUACUGACUUUUGUAGAAAUGUUGUCUAGGAGACAGUAAUAUGGCCAUGUAAUCUGUGGUUACAAAAUAUAGUUUUGAAAUCAA